AUGUCAGAAGUAGAAACAGCUCCACCUCCACCACCACCUCCACCAGCUGCUCCAGCUCCACCACCUCCACCUCCAGUCUCUGCUGCCCCAGCAGACCCUGGCAGAUCAGCUUUACUUGGCUCCAUUCAAAACUUUAGCUCUGCCAAAUUGAAAAAGGUUAAUACCAAUGAUAGAAAACCAACAGACGCAGGACCAAGUAGAGCUCCAUCAAGCUCAGGAGGUAGUGGCGGCGGAGGGUCUCGUCCAGUGCCAGGUGGAGGCCCAUCUGGAUUUGGAGAUAUCUUUGCAGGUGGUAUGCCAAAGUUGAGAAGUACCAAGGGUGGUGUAGACACUAAGGAUUCUCAUACACCAGCACCAUCAUCGUCGGCACCAGCUCCUACUCCAGUUGGAUCAAAUCCAACUCCCAAGCCAACCUUUGUAAGUGCAUCAAAGCCAGGUGCUCCAGUACUCAAACCAUCAACUGGUGUACUCAGACAAGCACCAGUCCUAGCCAAGCCAUUUGCCAAGCCAUCACCAUCCGUAUCACCUGCUGCUCCAUCACCAAAACCAGCUGCCUCUCCAGUCGUCCGUCCAACUCAACCCGUUAAACCAGAACCUGCCAAACCAACUCCAACCCCAACUCCAGUUGCUGCUGCUCCAGCUCCAGCUCCAGUUGAAACAUUCAAGCCUGCUCCAUUACCAGCUCCAGUCCCUGCACCAGUUGCUGCUGCACCAGCACCAGCACCAGUUCACGUUGAAAAGAAACAAGAAGAGAGUCAUUUGGCAACAUCAUUCAACAAGAAUGUUGUAGUCAAUGAGAGUAAUAUUACUCCAAGUGGUGGUGCACCCAAACCAGCCCCAACAGUCACUCAUACCAGCAAGCCAGCUCCAGUUGGCAAGACACCAGCCAAUUGGGUCAGUCCUGCAGCCGGGCCAGUCAAUCCAAUCGGUCGUGUUGUCCAAACCGCCAGUGUACAUGUUGCUCAACCAAAGACCAACGUCACCUCGUCCGCAUCGAUUGCUCCCAAGGCACCUAUUGUACUUCCCAAACAACCAUCUCAAACAUCACUAAAGACAGCUCCAUCUGUCAGUGCGCCAAUUGCCAAACCAGCACCAGUUGCCGCACCAGUUCCAAUCGCCAAACCAAUUGCUCCAAUCUCCAAACCAAUCUCCAAACCAAUUGCUAAACCUGCUCCAGCUCCAACUCCAGUUGCUGCAGCUAUCCCAACUCCAGCUCCAACUCCAGUUGUUGCAGCUCCACCACCACCAAUUGUUGUAAAAGAAGAGGAAGAACUCAUCCAAGAAAGCAAGCCAUUUGUACCACCAGUCACCACUACCACCACCACCCAGCAUAACCAUCACCACCACAAAGAGAUUGAAACCAAACCAACAGUUGUUCCAACAUCACACCAACACGAAUCUCAUCAUUCCAACUCUCAUGUAACAUCAACUCGUUCAUUCCCACCAGCCGCUGCCACCAACACCUCGUCCUCUAAUCUAUCGGACAACACCUCUCCACGUAAAAAGGAUGAUGGAGAACUCAGUUGUCACAGAUGUAACCAAUUUAUUGAAGGUAGCCAUUACAAGGCAAUGGAUAGAGCAUGGCAUAUUGAUCAUUUUACCUGUAAAUCAUGUAAUAAGGGAAUUCAAAGUUUUGUUGUUCAUGAUGAUCAACCAUAUUGUGAGACAUGUUAUGACAAGUUGUUUGUUGAACACAAGACAUGUCAUAUUUGUAGUGAACCAAUUUUCGGAACAGUAGUAUCUGCAAUGAACAACCAUUUCCAUCAAGAAUGUUUCAAGUGCAAUAGUUGUGGAUCCAACUUCCCAGACAGUGAGUUUUAUCAACUCGAAGGUAAACCAUGGUGUUAUUCAUGUGUUCAAAAGGCUACUGCCCCCAAGUUUGAACAAUGUGAUGCUUGUCAACAACCAAUCAACUCCAAGACCGAGGGAUUGAUCAAAGUACUUGGAAACAAAUAUCACAACAAUGAAAGAUGUUUCUCUUGUCAUGGAUGUCGUAAACCAUUCCCUAAUUUGAAUUUCUAUGAAGUUACCAAUCAACCAUAUUGUCAUGACUGUGCUUUAAGACUUCACCAACAAUCUUAA